UCGAGUCUCCUGGUUCAGGACACAGUUCUAGCUCACUCCUCUCCACCAUGGGCUUCAGACCCAGACCUACGCCCUCCUCCAUCAAGGCCAGCCCACUUCACAACCCAAGGGUGCUGGUGCUGCUGGCGCUGCUCCUGGUCGCCCUGGCUCCCAUGACCACAGGACAACGUAAGGGAAAUUUAGUGGAUGACGUGGAACCGUAUGUUGAGUUGCGCUGCAGAUGUCCCAGUGUAGUCUCUGGAAUCCCACUCCGCAGUAUCGCCUCCGUGAAUGUGCUCAAGCCAGGAGCUCAUUGUGCCAACAUGGAAGUGAUAGCCACGCUGAAGGAUGGGAGGAAAACCUGCCUGGACCCAGACGCUCCUGCCGUCAGGAAACUGGUCAUGAAAAUAUUGGAAGGCUAUUGACCAGCUGCUGCAAAUGUCAGCUUCCUGCCAAACCAUUUCAUGGGGGAGGAGCGGUGAAGUUUUUGAACUCCGGACUUUCUAGAGUCAUUUUCCAUUCUGGAAUUGGGAUACACUUUCAUUCUUUCUCAGAAAUCACAGUGUAUUUUAAGAAGGUGUUUUGAAGAAUGGCACAAAGAAGAUUAAAAUGAACACACUAAGUUGUAAUUUAUGGCUUAUUUCUGCAAUUCUUGGCUAAACAUUGUGCUAUAUUUUGCAUUUUUUAUUUGAAGCUUUCUUUCCCGACACAUUGUGUUAAGUUUUUCUUUCUGUGUUUUGAAGUAUUUCUUUUAGUUUUGAGAUUAUAAUGGCACCACUUUGCCCUUUCCUCUCUUCCCUCCAAGCCCUUCAGUAUACCUUUCCUUGCUUGCUCUCAAAUCCAUGGCUGCUUUUUUCAUUAAACACUGUCAUAUACAUUUAUGUAUGUGCAUAUAUAUUGACAAAUUUCACAGUGGUCAGUGAAAAUAGAAAUUGUCUGGAGCCAAGUAAGGUAUAUUUGCUUAGUAGAUUCCUGAGUUUUUACAGUCUCCUUAGCCCUACAAAGCCUGUUUCCAAGCAAUGUUUUCUAACAUUUGUUUUAACCUUCAAACUGAACAUAAUAAAGUCAUAGGCUCUAAGUUC